UUAAUUUUGGAGAAGUGGAAAGUGUGUUUUAAUCUUGGUGUAGGUGUGAAUAGUGGUUUGUUUUUGUGUUUUGCGUCGACAACAAGUUCAACAAUGCCCGUCCAUAUCUCUAACUCGGGGAUGAAGGUACAUUCCCUCCAUGCACAAUGCUUUAAAGUCUUCCAUAUUAAUUUUGUAAUGGUGGAAAGCGGGUUUUAAUCAAAGAGGAGGCGUGAAUCAUGGUUUGUUUUGGGGUUUUGUGGAAAGUGUACGAUUCCAACAAUGCCCGUCCAUAUCUCUAACCCGGGGAUGAAUACACGUUCCCUUCACGGCUCAUGCAUUAAAACCUUCCAUGUUAAUUUUAUAAUGGUGGGAAGCGGGUUUUUAUAGAAGUAUAAGCGUGAAUCGUGUUUUGUUUAUGGGUUUUCAGAAGAGUGUUUGAGUGCGCGGUGAGUUCGCGGCGCCAGCUGGAAGGAGGCAGUAGUCGAUCCUCCUCCUGCGACCUUCGGGGAUCGAGCGUCUCUCUCGGGCGGACCCUCGCGGCUGUGCUCAGUGGUGGUGUGCCUUCACCACGGCGCCCCCGUAGACACGCUGGCCUCCUGGCAGGACCCGCAGCCCGGUGGACGCUCUCCGCCGCCCCGCAAGCGUCGGAAACUCUCGCCCGAGGCCCCCACCAUCGCCAGCAGCACCCCCGCCAGCCCGCUCAGCACCAUGCAGCAGCAGCAGCAGCAGCAGCACGCCAACGGGGCAGAGGCGCAGCACAACGGCACGGAGGGCGACGGCGCUCAGGCGGUCAAUGGCUUGGGCGAGGAGGAGAGCGCGGCGCCGAGGCUCAGCACCGUGCAGCAAGACAUGGUACGACUCAUCGGCCAGCACCUCGUCCACCUGGGCCUCAAGAGGAGUGCCGACCUGCUCAUGUCAGAGUCGGGGUGCCGCCUCGACCACCCCGCCGCAGCCCGCUUCCGGCACUGCGUCAUGGAGGGGGAGUGGGCCAAGGCUGACGCGGCACUCAGUGAACUGCGGAACAUGCUGGAUGAUGCCAACAGCCUUAAGGAGAUGCGAUUCCUGCUGCUGGAACAGAAAUACCUGGAGCUCCUGGAGAGUGGGCAGGCGAUGGAGGCCCUGACCUGCCUUCGCUCCCAGGUCACGCCACUACAACACAACAUGGAGAGGGUGCACCAACUCUCCAGCCUAAUGUUUAUGUCCAACCCCGAUGAGCUACGUAAGGCGGCGCGCUGGUCCGGGAAGGGCAAGGAGUCCCGCAAGGAGCUGAUGGACCGCCUACAGCACUUCCUGCCGCCCUCCAUCAUGCUGCCUCCACACAGGCUGGAAACACUGAUUCUACAGGCCGUGGAGCAGCAGAAGACACAGUGCGCCUACCACAAUACCUACACAGACAGCCAGGUGCUGGGUUCAGGCGGGUCGCUGCUGAUGGACCACUCCUGCCCGCGCAACGCCUUCCCCGGCACCACCAUCCAGGUACUCUCCGACCACUGCGAUGAGGUGUGGAUCGCGCGCUUCAGCCCUGAUGGAUCCAAGCUUGCCACGGGAUCCAAGGACUCCACCGUCAUCAUCUGGGAGGUCGAUCCUGACCAGCUGACGGUGACGCGGCGGUUCACCCUGGACGGACACUCGUAUGGGGUGGUCUACCUCGCCUGGAGCCCCGACAGCGUCAAGCUCAUCGUAUGUCUGCAGGAGGAGGCGGCCGAGCUCAUGGUUUGGGACACAGAAAGAGGGGAACAGAUCUGCAAGGUGUCUAAUUCCCCUGAUGACUCACUCACCUGUGCAGCCUGGCAUAAGGACUCCCGGAAGUUCGUGUGCGGGGGGAUGCGAGGUCAGUUCUACCAGUGCGACUUGGAGGGGCAGAUCCUUGACUCGUGGGAGGGGGUACGCGUGCAAUGUCUCGCCAUACAGAACGACGGCAAGACUGUUCUGGCCUCGGACACACACCACCGCAUCCGAGGCUACCACUUUGAGGAGGUUCAGGACCAUAAUAUCAUCCAAGAGGACCACAGCAUCAUGUCGUUCACCCUGGACCAGACCGGGAACUAUGCGCUGCUCAACGUGGCCAGUCAGGGCGUCCACCUCUGGGACCUGCGCAACAGAACUCUGGUGCGCAAGUUCCGAGGGUUGACGCAGGGACAUUACACCAUCCACUCCUGCUUCGGGGGAGACUACCAGAACUUCAUCGCCUCCGGGAGUGAAGACAACAAGGUAUACAUCUGGCACCACAAGCGUGAGUUGCCAGUGGUCACACUCUCGGGUCACUCGCGCACCGUCAACUGCGUCACCUGGAACCCCGUCUACCCCUCCAUGAUCGCCUCCGUGUCCGACGACGCCACCGUGCGGAUAUGGGGACCCGCGCCGCAGUACCGGGGCGGCGGCGGCGGCGGCACGGGCGGGGCACAGAACGGCACCUCGGGGAACUCCAACGGAACGGAGACGGAAUCCCCAACCCACACGUUCCUGAGCAAUGGAGCGGCUGUGUAGUUGCCUCGCCGGCGGACCAACGGACAGACCGACAGCCCCCCCCUCGCGCCCUCACACACGUUAUCUCGUCGCAUGGUUGCCGGUGCUGCCCCCAGAUCCCCCCCUCGUCACCUCCCCCCCCCCGCAGUGCCACAGGGGGCGUGCACAGUGCCGGACAUGUAUGGACCUCCUGAAAGUGGGAUGUUUGCUUACGCCCUGGUGUCUCCCCCUGUCCCACCUCCUCCCCCCCAGUGGACGCUAUCGACGCCUGGGGCUGAGGGGCGGUGUGUGUGUGUGCGUGUGUGCGUUGGUUAUGGGUUGUCGCUCCCUCCCUCCCUCCGCCGCCGCUGUUUCUCUCCACGGAGGAAUGUCUCUCUCAGGAUUCUCUCUCUCCUCCUCCACCUCCUCCACAUUCGUCUCCUCUCCCAGUCUUGUCUUCCGCACGCUCUUUCCGCUCUUCCGCUCAACGUGGGACUCGCCUCCACCUCCGCCGCCUCCGCCCCAGGACAUGUGCAAGAACAAUCAUAUCCCCCUGGCACCCCCUCCCCCCCCCAUUCAUCACCCAUCACCAAUCAUGUCCGCCCCGCCCACAACACUGUAUAUACGACAUUUUAGUGUGUGACAUUUCCUUAGCUUAACCCUUCCUCAGCCUCCUCCUCCUCCUCCUUCCCUUCCUCCUCCUCCUCCUCAGGUCAUCUCCUUGUGGUGUGUGGCUGUUGGUCGGUCGUUGAGUCCUGUCCAUCCACGGUCCUCCUCCUCCUGUUGGGGUCGUUUCAUCCACUUGUGUAUAUACAGAACUUGCUUAUCGGAGCUGUUGUGUGGCCUCUGAAGAGUAACAUUUGCAAGCCACUCUCAGAACACGCCUCCUGAAGCUGUUUUCGUGGCCUCAAGAGAGUGACGUUUGCCUUCCUCCUGAACUGGUGAAGUGGAGGGCGGAAGUCAGCCAUGGAACUCACCUAUCGGAGCUGUUGUGUGGCCUCUGAAGAGCAACAUUUGACUGCUGUGAUGUCAAGGCAGUGGUUACUCUCCUUCCUUCCUCCUGAACUGCUGAAGUGGAGGGCGGAAGUCAGCCAUGGAACUCG